CGAUUCUUGUUUCACCACCAAUCCACCAUCACCACACAUAUCGAUCCGUACGCCAUGGAAGCAGGCAAGGGUAGUCUCCGGGCUGUGAUCCUCCUCCUGGGCGCGGUCCUCGUCGUAGGGAGCUUGGUGCCGCUGGCCGAGGCAGAUCCGACGGCCGCCGCCACCGGAGCUGCGGACGCCAAGUUCUGCUGCAAGGACAAGAUAGGGAGCCACUGCUACGCCGCCUGCACUACGCAGUACGGCCCCACCCCGUUCUGCGCGGAGAUGUGCUGCUGUGUGCAGCUUACGAGCGGCAGAUGCCCGAGGCAAUGCCCCACCCCGGCCGACCCCAGACUUUUUCUUGCCAACAGCUCCACCUUCGACCUUCUCACAACCAACGCCGUUGAGGUUGAGAGCUGCACGCUGAGGUGCUCCUCCAUCGUCUGUGACAGCAUGCGCAACGCACCAGUUAUCGAUGUCGGCAGCGUGGGGACGAAAGCCGUCGUGGAGCGCUGCGGCGAUGCAUGCGGCCGCUUCUGUGCCGGGGCCGGCGGCGUUGCAUCCCUUGAUGCUUAAUACUACUACUAUCAAUCAAGCAUGCAUAUCAUGCACGUACGCGCUCAUGCGUGUGUCCGGAUGCAUGUGCUAGCUGCGACUACGUACUGAGCAGCCCAGAGACGAUGCAUCUCUGUGUUUGCUCUUUGUUUUCAUCAUCAGUACAAUAAUUGGAUUUCAUCAUGGCGUGAUGUGUUCAUGCGCAUGUACGUGUCGAACGAGCUAGUAUGAUGUAUCGUCCUAGCUUGCCAAUGGAAUAAAAAGUUUGCCGGUUUGUCAA